GUAAUAACAUGGCUUCAAAACAUCAACAUUCACGGUUAAUGUAGGAACGUUUACACUGAGUUUACUGGAAAAGGGAAGCGCGGUUUGUUUGGGCUGCGGAAGGAAGUUUGCUGCAGGAAAAAGCAAGGAAAGAUCUAUAAUUAUCUCAAGCAAGCUUUUUUUUUUCCCUCCGGGCUCUCAGGGACAGUCAUUUUGAGGAGGCAACCGAUCGCGGAUUGCUUGAUCCUAAACAUGGAGGAAUAAUUUGGACAAAAAAAAUGCUUUGCCCUGUAUAGAACCGCAUAAUGUAUUCUGUAUUUCAAUCUGCGACCGUCAGCAAAUUCUUUUAGUUUACAAUUUUAGUUGUUUACAGUCGUUCAAUCGAAUAAUUGUCGGACCUCCUGCAGUCACACAUCCGCUCUUCCUGUUAAAGUCUCGGGGUUGAAGAAGUGAUGGAUGACAUUGACAUUGAGGAGCAGGACCCCUUCCCUGUGGACAGAGAUGGGGUGCAGUGGAGGGAUGGAGACCAGACCGACAGUAAUAGAAAGCUGGGAUUUUGUGAGAAGUUCCAACGUUCAGUCUCCAAAUGGAUGCUUCCAGAAGACUCCCGCAACACAUACCUGGAGCGUGCCAACUGCUGCCCGCCUCCCAUCUUCAUCAUCUUCAUCAGCAUCGGGGAGUUGGCAGUGUUUAUCUACUAUGCGGUGUGGAAGCCGCAGAAGCAGUGGGUGACCCUGGAGGAUGGCAUCUGGAACAGCCCCCUCACCUACAGGCCAGAUGUUAGGGAGGAAGCCUGGCGCUUUGUCUCGUACAUGUUUGUCCAUGCCGGUGUGGAGCACAUCUUGGGGAAUCUGGUGAUGCAGCUGCUGUUGGGCAUCCCGCUGGAACUGGUACAUAAAGGCUUUGAAGUGGGGAUGGUGUACAUGGCCGGUGUCCUGGCAGGAUCCCUGGCCAGCUCCAUCUUUGAUCCUCUUAGUGCCUUGGUGGGGGCCUCUGGGGGUGUGUACGCCCUGAUAGGAGGCUAUUUUAUGAAUGCCGUGGUGAACUUCCGAGAGAUGAUUCCUCUCCUGGGAGUGUUUCGUAUCCUCGCCAUAGUGAUUAUUGUUGGAACGGAUGUUGGUUUUGCCAUCUACAGGAGAUUUAUCAGCAAUGAGUCUGGUUUGAAGGUGUCCUUUGUGGCUCACAUCGGAGGAGGGGUGGCCGGUAUGACCAUCGGCUACGUCUUCUUCAGCUGCUACAACAAGAAGCUGCUCAAAGACCCGCGUUUCUGGUUGUGUAUAGUGGGUUACGUGGUCUUUGUGCUCUUCGCUGUGCUCUUCAACAUCUUCCUGUCCCCAGCAUCGUAGGAUUUUAAACCCUGACUCACCAAAACGUUAAAAGUUACACUACAGGCCUUAAAGUCACACUCAGGAAGCUGUUUUCUGCUGAUACUAAUGAUGUACAUCAGACCAAAAGGUGAUUUUCAGGGACUAUGUGAAUAUGGUGCACAGGGUUUUGUUUGUUUUAUUUUUAUAAAAGUCAGACCUCCUUUUUUUUUCAACAACUUGAGUUCAAAUGGAAGGGAGCCUCCUGCUGUUUAGUGGUAGAAUUGCAUAAAGUAAAUCUUGUGUGUGUUAGGCAAUAACGUUGAUGACAAGGUGCCUUUUAUUCUUCUAUAUGCCUUAUAAUUCGGGUAUUGAUAUUUUUAGUACACACAUAUUUCCAUUUUUCACUUUGCUGUGUUUUUUAAGGGUAAUUUAUGUGUAUGCUUUUUGAUGUAUUCAAAGUGUUCAUGAUUAUCAGCAGCAUUGAG